UGCAAAGGAAAUAGCUGUCAGAAGGAUGUGAAGCUUACUAUGGACACGAUGAGAGCAGUUAUUUUCCUUGUCUGGCUACUUUAUGUCAUCUGUAUUACCUACAGUUUAGAUGUGAAAACUGAAGUUGGCCCAGUGGAGUAUGGGAAAAGUGUGACACUAAAGUGUACUUUACCACCACCCAACACUGCAGUGCAAGUGACAUGGACAAAGGUUGUAGGUGACAAGGAAGUGACCGUAGCCAUUUACACAUCAGAAUCCGGAGCUGAAAUCACUAAAAGCUACAAAGAUCGUCUAUGGAUGAGCACUUCAGGCCUAAAUGAGACGGCGAUCACAGUUCAUAAAACCAACAUUCAGGAUAAAGGUUGCUACAGAUGUAUUUUUAAUUUCCUAUCCAACGGGUCAAAGAAAGGAGAAGUGUGCCUUCUGAUUCCUGGGAAGGUGCUAAUUGAAAAACAUCUCUGGGUACGGCUCUUUCAGCCUGUGACACUGAAGUGCAUCAACAUAGAAAACUCUAAAGUGGUACAGAUAUCAUGGCAGAAAAAUGAUAAAAACAUAGCAACGUACGAAAAAGGAGAAUAUAUUGCGCCAGAAUAUAAAGAUGCAAUCAGCGUGGCGAUGGAAGGUGUGAACGUGACUUCGCUGACCGUAUUUAGAGCCGAUGUAAGCGAUGAAGGAAAGUACAAAUGUAUAUUCAACAUCUUUCCAGGAGGAGCUCUUACAGGGGAGACGUUCUUACAGGUCUAUGAUCCUUUGAACGUAACAGUGUCUAAGAGUCUUGAAACUGGGUGCUUUAUGAUAACAUGUGUGGCCAAGAGCUGGCCACCUUCCAAGAUUUCUUGGCUGGAUGUCGAUGAAGGAUCCCUUAAUGGCACCACCUAUGAUGGAUUUCUAACUGUUACAAGCAGGGUACUGAUCAGCAGCCCAGACAGUCAGAAAAAGCCGCAAUGCAAAGUCCUUUACUUAGGGAAAGAAUCUCUGCAUAGCGUGUCUGCAGGUGCUCGAAGCCGACUCCAUCCUGUCAUUAUUGGUCUACUUGUCUCCAAAAUAUUUUUCCUCUGAGACCUUCUACAGCACAGAACUUUACUUCACUACAGAAAAGGGGAUGAAUGAAUAGUGAAUUAAUGGACUAUGGACAAACACAUGAAUAGACAAACAAAUGUACAUAUGGAUAGAUGGACGAACAAAUA